UCAAAAUAUGGCGCGGUGCUCUUAGCUGGACGAUACGAUGACGAUAUGAAUUUCUCAAACUCAUGUGCUAUAGAUGUUGCUGACAUAAAAAAGGUCAUCAUAUCUAAAUGUCCAUUGGUGGUGGGCAUCAGAGAAAAGUAUGUGAGAACAAUAACGCCAAGCGACAGUACAUCACCCGAACACAGCGAGGACUGCAUUUCACAACUACAACGCGCUUUCAAUGAUCUUAAGGAAAAUGAUAUUAAGACUAUUUUCUUUUAUUACUCAGGACAUUAUUCAAAAGCAGAUGGUUUCAUAAUACAAAAAAGAAAAGUUGACACAGUGGUGCCAUCUAAAGAGCAGGAGUAUAAAUGUGAACACCUGUCUUUGUCCAAUUUCAAAGACAUGCUUCGAUCUUUUUUGGUACAAAAUAAUGGCAAGACAGCCGACAGAAAAGACAAGAAUUUCAUAAUUACACUAGACUGUUGUGAAGCGCCUAUAAUCAGAUUAGAUGACUCUGCAUCUCACGACGACAAUAUUUCGCAGCUAAAUGCUUGUCGACCGGAUCAGGCGGCUAUUAAAGAACCGGACGGGUCAGGGAGUUUAUUCAAGAAGAUAUUCAUACAAGCACUGACAAUGAAGUCCACAAACGAUAAUUGCUUCUUACAGAGGGAUGGAAUGCGAUGCGGUAUAUGUCCAUUUAUGGGAGAAGAUUUCAUUACUAUCGGAAGCCUGAAUACAUACAUAGGUAGACAUAUGAAAGAAUACCAAAAACUACUUUGCACAGAGCCACAAAUGCCAUUGCAGUACGCUUCAAGUGAUGUAAAGAUAGCUUACUUAGUGGAUUCGACGUCUGAACUAAGCUUCACGAUGAAAUUCGGAGAAAUACAAAAGGAAUACAAAAUAGCUUAUCAUUUCUUCAACAAUACAAGCCAACUGAAGGAGACUUUAUUUAAUGAAUUUAUGGACAAAAUGUUGGACAAAGAAAAAGAUUCACAACUUCAAUUGAAGGUGGACACUUAUAAAGACAUUCUUCAAAUUGUUGCCAAAACCGGACCUAAAGAUAAAGAUAAACACAAACUUAAACUCAACAACCUGGCACAAGUUAUGUCUGCCUGGAACGGAAAGAGAGAACUAUAUGUGGAAAUGAGAGAAAUUUCAACGAUAGAAGAUGGGAUGGUUGGAGUCUUCAAUGAUGAUACUGAAAAGUUUUUAUCAUUCUUAGAUGAAUGCAAGUAUAAGAAGCAAGAGGAACCGGAUCAUACCACCUACAAAAUUGAUUUGGCUCUUUUUGUGAAAGUUAAAGACGACAGUCUAAAGCAGUUGCAAGUGGCAAUAUUGGCAUACCGGAAAAAGGAAAAGAACGCAGAACUACAUAUCAUACGUCCAUGUAUGAGAGAUGCAAAAGGACUUAGGAAAAUGAGAGAUGACUUUGUAUGCUUCAAAAUUGAGAAAGUCAAGACGCCGCUUGAAACAGCUGACACAGAAUCGAAGUAGGAAGCAAAAUAUUACGACUUAGAGAAACACUUCAGCACCGAAGUAAGCAGAUGUCACUGUACUAUGAUGACUGGUGCGUGCUUAUGAUAACAGAGUCAUUGUGUGAUUGUCCUAGCUUUUGACAUAUUAAAUGAUAUGGACUGUAAUGUAUUUGCAAAUUAAAACGCUUUGUACAUGGUGUAUAUAAGUUAGACAACUUUAAGCCAGUGGAGUAUUUGAUUUAAUUCCAGAGAAAUAAAACAAAUCAUUGUUUUGAAGUUAAGUUUUAAAUGGCAAAGAAUAGUCUGCUAUGACUUUACUUGUGCAUGAAUAUAUAUGUACGACGUACGCUUUGACUUUUGUCUCCAAGAAGUAUGUUUAUCCCCUAGUUUUAUUGGUUUUACUGGUUUUAACUUGUUAAUCAAAUUUGCUCUGACAAGUUGAAAAAUGCAGAAAUGAUUAAUUUCUUCCAUUCUUCAAAUGGCUUCUAUGUAAGCUAAAGAGUUAUCUAUGUGUUUCGCAUAACAUUUGUAUACAGUUUUAGUGCUAACAAAAUAGAGAUAUGAUUUUGACAAAAAAGGGUUAAGAAAUUUGACUACUUUUAGAGCCAAAACAAUCAACAUGCUUUUGAUGUAUAACUUUCGACUCGACUCUGUCGCUGUAAUAGCAGUUCUGCUUAGUAGCCUCAUUAUUAAUCUCUCUAUUAUCAAUUUUUUUUUGUACCAGAUUGGCCUUAAGUAUGUGCCUAUAUAACAGGCUAUAUGUUUAAUAACUCCCAAAAAAAUGUUUUUAUCUAAGAAUAUAAACUUCCAUUCCUUUAGGCUCUCUAUUAAAAGAACACGGUUUUACGAAAAACUAGGUUUCUGUGUUCAUUUACUGCACAAUAGUUGACAAAAGGAAGUUCUUACAAAGUUUUACAGAUAAUAUACAUUUUCAAACUGCUGUUACAUGUAAUGCAACAUUCCGUUACUUCUUGGAAUCAGAGUUUAGUUUUCGUGUUAUUUUUGGAUGAGUAACUCUGGUCAAUAAUUAAAAAAUACAUAUUGAUAAAAGAUCUUAAUGUGAUAGUUCGAAAUUAAAAAAAACGCAGAUAAGAUUCUAGAAACUAACCUUUUUCCUGCAAUGAUGAAUUAUGUAAAAGUUUACGAAUAUAUGUCACUACAAAUAUACUUUGUACACAAAAUUUGAUGCACAUUUAUUACAACACGAUUUUUUAUGAAUUUUUAACAGCAUAUAUUUCAAAAGUUUAUGCUCUGGUGAAAAUAAUAUAGGCUUUUAGAAUAACCCAUUAUAUGAUGUUAUAACAUAAAUUCAAUACUUAAGUCACAGUGGUACAUUUUUUUAGAGAGUCUGGUCGAUUCCAGGAACAUUUUUGAUUUUUGUGAAUUACAUGUCACCAGUUAAACAACAAAAACUACUUUGCUUUGUCUGGAUGAAGUUAAUAAUACUUUUUAAGGAAUAUUAUUUUUUAUAUGUUUUUCAGUUCUUAAAAAAUAUAUAUAUUUCAAUUCAUCAUGUUAAGGUAGUUCCGCAUGUUUGGAUCAGAAUUUUUUCUACAAUGUAGAAUUUGAUUUAAACCUGAUUUUUGAAAACUUUAAAAUACACUUAGACCAUUUGGCAAAUAAAAAAGAUAGUUUCGAGUGCUUGAUUUUUUGCUAGACUAAUUUGAAACAUUUUGGGCCGUACACAAAUUUCAUGAUAGGCGUUUAUGGGAAAAUCAUAAUUUUGGUAACAUUUUAACCUAUAGAACUUUUUCUACAAUGUAGGUGUUAAUGAAACUCCUCACAACCUUUGAUAAACAUACUAUCUAUAAUAUGGUGAAAUAAAAUGUGUAGGUCCGUCUGUUUGUUUUUGAGAUAUUUGCCCAUUAUAAAUGGGAUCCGCGCAUUAUAGCCUGAUUUUAAGACCUUAUUUAGAAUUAUUUAACGUGUGUUAGACAUUUUAAUAUUAUAUUUUAUCUUAAGAAAGGUGGUAACGUAGCCAUUUUAAUACAUUUCCUGGCGUUUUACCAUUAAUUCACAGAAUUUCAUUUCCUUAUACCGAGUCCAGGCGUUAUUCUUUGUCAUCGGAAUAAAUGACGUUACUCUAUUACUUCCGGUUUAUCAAACGUGCGUAACUACCUUAUCUGUAUAAUUAUAAUUAUGUGAUUAUAAUAAUAUAAGUGAUGUAUCUUUCUACGAGACUGUACGCGCGAUGAGACACCAUCUACAAACGGAAAAGGCGCCUUUCAAAAUACUGAUUUUUUGCUAGACUGAUUUGAAACGUUUUGGGCCGUAUACAAGGUUUCGUGAUAGGCGUUCAUGGGGAAAUCAUAAUUUUGGUAACAUUUUAACCUAUAGAACUUUUUCUACAAUGUAGGUUUAAAUGAAACUCCUCACAACCUUAAAUAAACAUACCAUCUAUAAUAUGGUGAAAUAAAACGUGUAGGUCCAUCUGUUUGUUAUUAAGAUAUUUGUCAUCGGAAUAAAUGACGUUACUCUAUUACUUCCGGUUUAUCAAACGUGCGUAACUACCUUAUCUGUAUAAUUAUAAUUAUGUGAUUAUAGAUUUAAUGUUUUACAGACUAAUAUUUUGUUAAAGCCAGUUUUCUAUGGUAAUAAUUUACUAGUAUAUUCAUCCUAUUUAUUGUAAAGGGACUUACCUAUCAUAAGGAAUUAUUUUAUCUCCUUUUUUGUUCUCUCCUUUUUAAAUGUACUUGAUUAUAUUUUUACAUCCACUGUGUAUUUUGUGUAGAACGAAAAUGUAUUGUUGUCAUCAACAAAAUUGGUAAAUAUUAUAAGUGACAUCUCUUUCUGCGAGACUGUACGCGCGAUGAGACACCAUCUACAAACGGAAAAGGCGCCUUUCAAAACCUUGAUUUUUUUGCUAGACUGGUUUGAAACGUUUUGGGCCGUAUACACAAGUUUUUAUGAUUGGCGUUUAUGGGAAAAUCAUAAUUUUGGUAACAUUUUAACCUAUAGAACUUUUUCUACAAUGUAGUUGUUAAUGAAACUCCUCACAACCUUAGAUAAACAUACUAUCUAUAAUAUAGUGAAAUAAAAUGUGUAGGUCCAUCUGUUUGUUUUCGAGAUAUUUGCCCAUUAUUUAUGGGAUCCGCGCAUUAUACCCUGAUUUUAAGACCUUAUUUAGAAUUAUUUAACGUGUGUUAGACAUUUUAAUAUUAUAUUUUAUCUUCAGAAAGGUGGUAACGUAGCCAUUUUAAUAAAUUUACUGGCGUUUUGCCAUUAAUUCAUAGAACGAUUUCAUUUCCUCAUACCGAGUCCAGGCGUUAUUCUUUGUCAUCGGAAUAAAUGACGUUACUCUAUUACUUUCGGUUUAUCAAACGUGCGUAACUACCUUAUCUGUAUAAUUAUAAUUAUGUGAUUAUAGAUUUAAUGUUCUACUGACUAAUAUUUUGUUAAAGCAAAUUUUCUAUGGUAAUAAUGUACUAAUAUAUUCAUCCCAUUUAUUGUUAAAGGGACUUAAUUUACAUAAGGAAUUAUUUUAUUUCCUUUUUUGUUCUCUCCUUUGUAAAUAAUGUACUUGAUUAUAUUUUUACAUCCACGGUGUAUUUUGUGUAGAACGAAAAUGUAUUGUUGGCAUCAACAACAUUGUUAAAUAAUAUAAGUGAUGUAUCUUUCUGCGAGACUGUACGCGCGAUGAGACACCAUCUACGAACGGAAAAAGGCGCCUUUCAAAAUAUUGAUUUUUUUUUGCUAGACUGAUUUGGGCGGUAAAAAAGGUUUCAUGAUAGGCGUUUAUAGGAAAAUCACAAUUUUGGUAACAUUUUAACGUAUAGAACUUUUUCUACAAUGUAGGUUUAAAAGAAACUCCUCACAACCUUAAAUAAACAUACUAUCUAUAAUACUGUGAAAUAAAAUGUGUUGGUCCAUCUGUUUGUUAUUAAGAUAUUUGGCCAUUAUUAAUGGGAUCCGCGCAUUAUACCCUUAUUUUAAGACCUUAUUUAGAAUUAUUUAACGUGUGUUAGACAUCUUAAUAUUAUAUUUUAUCUUCAGAAAGGUGGUAACGUAGCCAUUUUAAUAAAUUUACUGGCGUUUUGCCAUUAAUUCAUAGAACGAUUUCAUUUCCUCAUACCGAGUCCAGG